AGUGCUGGGAUUCCAGGUGUGAGCCAUCUCGCCCGGCCACAUUAAUCCAGCUUCUAAAUAUUGCUUUGUUUUUUGGUGCAUUUCAAAGUUCUGACUCCAGAAGCAAGACACAUCAAGUGCAGUGAGGAGGAGGUCCAGGACCUGGAUAUCAUACUUCGCAGGGAUGUAAUGCACCAGAGACCAAGAUUUCUAGCCAGAAAUUGAAGGCAGUUCAAGGAGAGACUACAGACGCAGCAUCCUACUUACUGGCCAUUUCCCGGUAACAGAAGAAAAUGAUCACAUCCCAGGAUGCACUGAAGACUUUGGUCUGGUCUGGCGUCAAGAUGACCGCCAGGGCAUACACCGUGCCCACGUGGCCCGUGAGGGUCCGCACCUGCUCCUUGGACUCAAUGUCCCACACCUGGGAGGAGUGGGCACAGGAAUCACUGACUCUGGAGGAUGUGUCUGUGGAGUUCACCUGGGAGGAGUGGCAGCUCCUGGGCGCAUCUCAGAAGGACCUGUAUCGGGACGUGAUGUUAGAGAACUAUAGCAACCUGGUGUCAGUGGGGUAUCAAGCCGGCAAGCCAGAUGCGCUCUCCAAGUUAGAACAAGGAGAACCAUGGACAACAGAAAAUGAAAUCCACAGCCAAAUCUGUCCAGAAAUCAAGAGAGUUGACAGUCAUUUACAGAUGCACUCACAAAACCAAAGAUGUCUGAAGGGAGUGGAACAAUGCCAUAAACAUAAUGCAUUUGGAAACAACAUUCAUCAGAGGAAAAGUGAUUUUCCUUUAAGGCAAAAUCAUGAUACAUUUGACUUACAUGGGAAAAUAUUGAAAUCAAAUUUAAGUUUAGUCAACCAGAACAAAAGGUAUGAAAUCAAGAAUUCUGUUGAGGUUAAUGGAGGUGGAAAAUCCUUCCUUCAUGCCAAGCAUGAACAAGUUUAUCCUGAAAUGAACUUCCCCAAAUGUGGAAAUUCUGUGAAUACAAAUUCACAAUUCAUUAAGCAUCAGCAAACUCAAAAGAUAGAUAAACUCCAUGAAUGCACUGAGUGUGGGAAGGCUUUCCUCAAGAAGUCUCGCCUCAUUGAUCAUCAGAGAGUUCAUACUGGAGAGAAACCUCAUGGAUGCAGUAUAUGUGGGAAAGCCUUCUCUAGAAAGUCCAGGCUCACUGAACAUCAGAAAACUCAUGUAGGAGAGAGACGGUAUGAAUGCACUGACUGUGACAAAGCAUUUCGCUGGAAAUCACAGUUCACUGCACAUCAGAAAAUACAUACAGGAGAGAAACCUUAUGUAUGCAGUGACUGUGGAAAAGGCUUCAUCAAGAAGUCUCGGCUCAUUAAUCAUCAGAGAGUUCAUACAGGAGAGAAACCACAUGGAUGCAGCCUGUGUGAGAAAGCCUUCUCCAGAAAGUCCAGGCUCACCGAACACCAGCGAACUCAUACAGGGGAGAAACCCUAUGAAUGCACUGAGUGUGACAAAGUGUUCCGCUGGAAAUCACAGCUCAAUGCACAUCAGAAAACUCACACAGGAGAGAAGUCGUAUAUAUGCAGUGACUGUGGAAAAGGCUUCAUUCAGAAGGGAAAUCUCAUUGUACAUCAGCGAACUCAUACUGGAGAAAAACCCUAUAUAUGCAAUGAAUGCGGAAAAGGCUUCAUCCAAAAGGGCAAUCUCCUCAUUCAUCAACGUACUCACACUGGUGAGAAACCCUACAUAUGCAACGAAUGUGGUAAAGGCUUCAGCCAGAAGACAUGCUUAAUAUCCCAUCAGAGAUUUCACACAGGAAAGACACCCUUUGUAUGUACUGAGUGUGGAAAAUCCUGCUCACACAAGUCGGGUCUCAUUAACCACCAGAGAAUUCACACAGGAGAGAAGCCCUACACGUGCAGUGACUGUGGGAAAGCUUUCAGAGAUAAAUCAUGUCUCAAUAGACAUCGAAGAACUCAUACAGGGGAGAGACCCUAUGGAUGCUCUGAUUGUGGGAAAGCUUUCUCUCACUUGUCAUGCCUAGUUUAUCAUAAGGGAAUGCUGCAUGCAAGAGAGAAAUGUGUAGGUUUAGUCAAAUUGGAAAAUCCUGUCUCAGAAAAUCAUAGCUCAUCACCUACAAGUGAUCUCAUACAGGAUAAAGACUCUGUUAACAUGGUGACUGUGUAGAUGCCUUCUGUGGCAGCUCAGACUUCAUUAAGUAACAGUGAGUUCCAAGCAGAUAGCAAAGUAGCCAUUGUGAGCCAGCCUGUUGCCAGAAGUUCACUCUUAGCAGAUAGUAGAAUUUACACAGCAGAAAAACCUUAUGAAUGCAGUGAAUGUGGUAGUGCUUUCAGUGAUCAAUUACAUCAUAUGUCACAAAACACACACAGGAACAAACUGUGAUACAUUCAAGGUGGAAAGCCCUUGAGUAAAAUCUUAUGGCUGAUAAGCACAUACUCAGAGAAAAUUAGUAUGAGGUAGAGACUGGGAAAGUCUUUUAUGGGAAGAUAGAGCCUCUCAUUAGUGAUCAUCAGUGAGCUUAUAGUUGGUAGAAAUAUAAUGAUCUUGGAAAAGUCCUUGUUCAGAAAUAAUACCCCAGUAGGUAUCAGAGGCUUUACAUAAGGGAGGAACUGUUGGAAGACCUCUGAAGGCUAUGAAUGUGGCAGGGUUGCUAGUGGUACAUUCUGCCUUAUCCUCAGAGAAAAUAAUAUAGAAAUAAAACUGUGAAAAUAGUAACCAGAACAUCUUCAGCAAAAUAUGAAAGACCACAUGAAGCAAAUAAGCCCUGUGAAAAUCUAACAUCAUUAUACAGCAGAUAAUAUACAAGAUGUGUUUUUUAAGACAAUAUACCUUGAAUCACUAGUUGAUAUGUCAAUGACUAAUUAACGGGUUGUCAGUGUUACACAUAAUUGGUUAAACUUAUAACACAAUGUGCCCCUUCCCCCAUUUUUGGCAUGAAUUUUCUAUUCCCAGCCAAGAUCAUUAUAUGAUUAGCUCUUGUGUUUCUUUGAUUCUAGAUUUCUUCACUUGUUAUUUCAGACUACUGAAGUUCUUCAAAAGGAAAUAUGUAUUUAAUAAUGUAACACAAGUUUGGAUGUGUUUAACUUUAGAAAUAUCACCCCAGAGGAAUUAAGUUCAAAACUUAUGAUUGGCCAUGCUCUUAAUUUAGAAGGUAGUCCUAAUCCUAACCCUAUGGUUUGUCUUAUUGUUGGCAUACGCGCCAUUCGGAAUAGUUUGUAUGAUCCAUUUUCUUUACCUGAAACAGUUUCCUUUAUCUAGGAACUGUGGAUGAUGGCAGUGGGAAACAACAAAAUUUCAAGCCAGCAUUUUUAAAAAGCUGGAUUAUAUGCAUGUAUAGUUUAUACAUGCAACUGUAGUUUAAAAAUGCAUAUGCCUGUAUCAGUUGAAACUGUAGUUUAAAAAUGCAUAUGCCUCCAGCAACUGUAGUUUAAAAAUGCAUAUGCCUGUAUGAAUUGAAAAAGACAUAUAAUGUAAAGAUCAAGUUGUCCUGAUAAUUUCUUAUUCAAGGUACAUAUUAUUAUUUGGAGUGGGAAGAGGAAAAGACUCAAUUUUCCUUACAUAAAACAGGUUAUGAAUACUUUUCUCAAAAGUGUUCAUGUCUUAUCUCUACCUAAAUUAUAAAUUCGUGAUAGUUUGUAUAGGCAAUUGUAUACACCCUAGCAGAUACCAAAAUAGAAAUUAAUUAUAUGUAGAUUGGGAAGAUGAAUGAAGGUGCCUGAAUAACCCAGUGGACAGUUGAUCAGAACUACUUUUGUCAUUGAAGAAAAGGAGCUACCAGAAAGAAAUUCUAAGGAUUCGUACUAUUCUAAAAAAAAAUUUUUUUUUAAAUCCUGAACAGAACCUCAUUUCUGUCAUGAGGGGCAGAACAGAGAAGGAAUAGGAUUCACAGAAUAAGCCCAAUUAAAAAAACAAAAUAACUUCAUUCUCUAAAAAUAAAGGACAGCAUGUAAGAUGAAUAAAGGCGAGAUCCUUUUGGAUAUUUUA